CAGCACCAGCGCCGCCUGCCCAGUCUCUCUGUGGGGCCGGGGGGCGGCCGCGCCUGCCGGCAGCGCGGCGCUGAGCGAGACGCGGCGGGCUGGAAACGGCAGCGCUGCCCGGGCAGCGAGGGCAGCGGGACCCGUGAGCGCUCGCCGCCGGGAAGGAGCCCGGGAUGGAUCCCGAGAAGGAGCCCGGGUGCCACCGCGGGGCACAGGCCGGGCGGGCGGGGCACGGGGUGAGCCACGCCCACUAUCACCGGACACGCCCCACAGACCACGCCCACCGAUCCAGCCCCUCCCUUGGUCCCGGCCCGGGAUCCCCGAGGUCACUUCCGGGGCGGGCCGGAAGCGGCGCGCUCGCGGUCGCGUUUAAACCGCGCAGGGCCGCGCGGCCGCUCUAGCCCCGGGGCCGCCACCCUCAGGAGCGCCCCCGGUCACCGGGCCGGCCCCGCCAUGCCCAUCCGCGCACACUGCACCAUCUGCUCCGACUUCUUCGACAACGAGCGGGACGUGGCGGCCGUGCCGUGCGGGCACACCUUCCACCAGGCCUGCCUGUUCCAGUGGUUUGACACUGCCCCUAGCCGGACAUGCCCGCAGUGCAGGAACCAGGUCAGCAAAAGACACAUCAUCAGUAAGCUGUUUUUUGAUGUUACCCUGGACGAGCAAGCAGCACCGGAUGCUGAGACCUUGCAGAAUGAACUGGACAAGGUGAAGGCCCAGCUGUCCUUGAAAGAGAAAGAAAAGCGGGAAUGCCAGGCUGUUGUGGACGGGCUGAGGGACACACUGGAUGUGCGCAAUGCCACCAUAGAGUCGCUCCAGAAGAUGCUGGGAGAGACAGAGAUGCUGUGCUCCUCUCUCAAGAAGCAGAUGAAAUUCCUGGAGCAGCAGCAGGAGGAUAACAAAAGUUCGAAGGAGGAGGCUCGCCGGCUGCGGAACAAGCUGAGAACCAUGGAGAGGAUCGAGCUGUUGCUUCAGAGCCAGCGCUCAGAAGUGGAGGAGAUGAUCAGAGACAUGGGAGUUGGGCAGGCAGCAGUGGAGCAGCUUGCAAUCUACUGUGUCUCCCUCAAGAAGGAAUAUGAGAAUUUGAAGGAGGCUCGGAAGAUGUCUGGUGAGAUGACAGAGAAGCUGAAAAAGGAGCUGUUUUCUGUCAAUAAUAAGUUGCAGAAAACGACUUCAGAGUUGGAGAAGACAAAGGAGGAGUUAAAAAGCACACAGAAAGAUCUGAAGAAUGCAGACAAGGAGAUCUUGAGUUUGAAGAAGAAGAUAGACAUCCUGCAGGACACUCUGAAGGUCCCAUCUGUAACCAGGGAAACACUCAGUCGGCUAGUCUUGGAAAGCCCUGCUCCCAUGGAGCUGCAGCAUCCCAAGCUCCACCGCCCGGCCCACAGCGAUGAGAUCAAUCUGGAUGCCACGUUCGAUGUGGCCACCCCUGAACACCAGCCCUGCACAGCUCCCCUCGGCCCUGCAAAAAGGCAGAAGCUGGAUAAAAAGCCGCCUCCCGUGGUAAAUCUGGCGAAGAAAGUUCUGAAGGAAGCAGUGGAGAACGGGGCAGAUGAUCUGGAGGAUGAUGCUCUUAAAGGACUCUUGCCAGCAUUCAUCAGGAACUCUUUUCUCUCCAAGAAGCCAUCUUCGGGUGGUGUGCUGGGUUCCCACAGGAACACGGGCUCUGUGAGGAUGGGCUACGAUGGCAUGGGAGGCAGGACAAAGUUCAUAGAGCCAACAAACCUGGCAGAAAUCCGUCCAUUACAGGUUAGGAGCAAGAAGAAGGUCUCCAGACCAGCAUCUGCAGCUCCUGCACCUUCCUCCAGCAGCAGCAGCAGCAGCCAGGCCAGAAUGGACACUUUCCUGCUAUGAGAGCCCCUGACUUCCUGGGAGAGGCUUGGAGAAGAGGCUGCAGGGCAGAGCAUGCUUGCCCAGAGCCUGGCACGAGGCAAUGUGCAGCCACCAGUGCCUGGGGUGCUGUUCACAAAGCACUGAUGCUGCCCUGGGGAGAAUCCUGCCCCUGCAGCAAGCCUCUGGAGGCCAAGCCUCUGGCUAAUUAAUGCCUGGACUGAGUUACCCUCAUUUUACCAUUCCUUCAUCCAUUUUUUCAUGCAGAAUUAACAGGGUUUUCUUGCCUUCUGGCCUCCUCAGAGUUCUGCAGUUGCUGCUGCUUUGGGCUCUCUGGCACCAGGUGGAACUGCACUUGCUGGAUGCAGUCACAAGCAGGAGGUGCAGGGAGGUGUCUGGGAUGUCAGUCUGGAGAGCAGCAGGGAGAAGGGACCUGGACCAGCUCCAUGCCUGGUGUGAAUAGUUCCAAGAAACUUUACUGGAGGAAGAAGUGUGUAGAGCACCGUGUGUGGCUGUCGAUGUUUGUAUAUUCAUCAUCAAACUGAACACCUUCCCUCAGCCACAGGCCUGUUGGGGCUGGGGAGAUCCACAGGUGGACUUGGGAACUGUGUUGCCCUAUUCUGGAUCAUGAAAUCCAGAGUGGUCUUGCAGGCUUGGCACUGAAACUACUGACCUGGAAGGAAACUAUUGGGGUGGGCAUUCCUGCUGCACAUGGAAGCAGAGAAGGGUGUGCUGGUGUGAGCUUUGUGCUUGGCAGGUGUGGGUGUGAAACUUGUUUAUUAGUUUCUAUGUUUUAAUAAGAGAGUAUUUUUAUUGUUUUGUAACUGUUCUACCUUGUGAUGAGAGGGUUAGGAAUGGCCUGGAGAAGUGAUGAAGGGGAGGGGGAGGCUGGUGGGGCUGAACAUGUCUGGGUUCUUCAGCUUGGAGCCGUGGAACAGGAGGUCCACACGUGAAGCAGGGCUGUCCAAGCUGCAAGGAACAGAUGUGGUGAGGCACUUCAUAAAGCCCUCUCCUGUACAAAUCUGACCUUUCCUAUUUCCAGCUGCUUCAGGCCAAAUUUGUAUUACUGGACUGGCUAAAAACAUGUUUUUUGGGAAUAAAAUAUAUUACUGUGCACACUUGUUAACACAA